ACCGCCACGGGCAAAUAGCAUCAUGUUGUGCUUGCAAAACCCUCUGCUCCCCCAUCUCCUCUCAUUUUCCUGCCUUACUUUCCAUGUUCGUUCAUGUGGUUGCAGAACAGGCAGGACAGCAAGAACCUGCAGCCCCUCAUCCCCCCCAGUUCUCCCAUUUCUCUACAUGUGAGCUGCUGGGCACAUGGUGCUGGGCAUGGAUGGAGCCAUAGACUUCCCCAGGGGAGCUUCCAGUGGGGCAGAAGCCAAGAAGGAGCCAUGAGGAAAUAAGGCCCCACUGAAACCUCUGAGUCAAUUUAAUGAGCCGGAAGAGCUUGGUCUCUCAUCUUCUCCACACCCUUUGCAUUGAGGUGCCGGUGUGUGAGGCGAGGACAUCAAAGUGGAUGAUGGCGGCUCUCCUCUUUUUGCUGCAAUUCCUCUUCUUUGGGACUUUAAUCGUCCCUGCAUAUUUGCAGAUGCAGGAAUGCAAUCCGAUGCAGAGUGCAAUCGCAGGCAAUUUCUCUGUAACCGUGAUACCCCAGGACUACAGACCAAACACGACCUACGAAGUUACAAUAGUUGACAGCAAUAACACCACCAGCAAUGUGACCAACUAUUUACUGCAGGCCAUAUCCCCCCAAAAUGCCUCAGUUGGAGAAUGGAACGUGACAAACAAGCAAAACUGCAGUGCUCAUCUCACAGCGGUGCUACCAAAAACUCAGAAAACAGCAAACUGGACAUCCCCAACCAGUAACUUUUCUUCUGUGGACAUAAGGGCAUACAUUGUCUUUGAAAACAGUUCCACCGUGUUCAAGACUGUGACUCUGAACCAAGAGGCAAAGCCAACGGGCAGCACCAACUCCGUCUCCGCAGUUCAGAGCAGCUCCUUCUUCGUAGCCGCCAUCCAGCUGCUGAUGCUCCUCGCCACAAGCAAACUGCUCUCCUAGGCGUCGGGGAGAGAAGACGACCCAGCUGUGCUGCACCUUCCCUCCUUGCCCACGGCACGCGUGGCAGGGCAGGCAGCUGAUCUACUCAGGAAAAAUAUUAACUUCUUGUGUGUAUUCGGAUGAUAACUGCACUUCUGCAUUAAAUGAUAAGGGUCUAUGACUACAGAGCUCCCCUUAAUCCCCUCACCCAGGAGCAGCACUCUCAGCAAGGUGAAAUGUUUGUGGCAACUCCGUUUAGGACAGCUGAAAAGCACAGCCAAGGUCAUUUAGGAGCAGACCCUGUCCAACCAAGGCUCACUGGGUGAGUUCAUCCCUUCCUCGUCCCCUGGGGUUCUGUGAAGCACAAAAAACCAUGAAAGCACUCUCAAAAGGGAAAAGGCCCUCUUCUCAUCGUGGCAUUGGGGUCUGCUGAGAAGCUCAAGGAGAGGUCUGCCGCCAGCUUAAAGCCUCCAGCGCAAGCACAGAGAAGACAAAGGCACCCACCGAGCCUCCCCCUGGGGAGGGGACCCCUCCCCGAGAGCAGCUGGAGAUCCUGCUGGCAGGGAGUCCUCCUCAGAGCCCCCAGGCCUUGGGCAUUCACACUGUGUUAUUCUCUAGCCCAGCAUUCCCUGAAUUUUUCUAUUUCCCUGGAUGCCCUGUAAAGGUCCCCUGAAUUUGUUCUGGCUUUCUGGAAUGAGAGGGUGGGUAUUUUUUAUUCUCAUUUUUUAAUCAGCAACUGAUUUUGCUGUGGGGUAAGAUUGGGUGGGCCACUGAAUGUCUUGAUUUUAUUAUUAUUGUUUGUAUUUUUAUAUGAAUAGAGUUUAUUUAGGGAUUUUCAAAACUUCUGGAAAGUAAUUUUAUCUUAAAUUAAUCUAAAUAAAUUAAGGAAUGAAA